AGAAGAGGAAGAUUGAUUGAUCAAAGGGUCCAGACUUGGCUGACUAAAGCAGAAGAAUUCAUCACAGCGGCAGAGGAACCUGUACGAGUUGGUGAUGAAUUUGCCAAGAAGGAGUGUUUCUUUCGGCUGUGUCCCAAUCCCAUUCCUCGUUAUAAGCUUAGCAAGGAAGCCGAGAAGAAUUCCCAGGAUAUUGUUCAACAUCUGGAAGUAGCUCGUGGAUUCGGCCCCCUACCACUUUCCCACGCUCCUCCUCCACAACAGGACGUGGCGAGUGUUUCCUAUGCUCCUCCUGCACAGCAAGACGUGGCAGCAGUUGUGGAAGGUUUUGAGGAGUUCCGCUCUAGAAUGGAUGUUUUGAAACAUAUCAUGGAGGCACUAAGAAAUCCAAUCAUCAAGAAGAUCGGAGUGUAUGGGUCUUCUGGAGUGGGGAAGACGAUGCUUGUAAAAAUGGUUAAAGCAAAAGCCAAGCAAGACAGCUCGUUUAAUGUGGUAGUUAUGGCUACAGUGACAAAGGAUCGGGACUUGAAAAGUAUUCAAGAAGACAUCGCACGCGACGUGGGUUUAGAUCAGCUUUCUUUUAGAGAGCAUACAGAUCGACAAGUUGCAGAUUUAAUAAAGGCAAAGCUGAUGAAAGAGAGGAAAUUUCUUGUUAUUUUGGAUGAUGUUUGGGAGACUGAAAUAGACUUCGAGAAAUUUGGAAUCCCUUCUACAAGUGAGAUGCAGCAGGCUACGGAGAAAAAGAGUAAAGAAAGCUCAUCUGGACAAGAAGAUAUGCUCUGCAAGAUUCUGGUAACCUCCAGAUUUCGUGAUACUCUCUCUGUUAUGAUGGAUGAGAAAGAUCAGGUCUUUGAGGUACAUACAUUAGAAGAUGAUGAAGCAUGGCAUCUAUUCAAGAAUAUCGCUGGCAGCAAAGUUGAAAGCUCUGAUCUUCAACCGACAGCCAAAGAGAUCGUUAAGAGAUGUCUCGGGUUGCCCGUUGCUAUUGCAUCAGUUGGAAAGGCCAUGAAAGGUAAGGCUCGGCAACAUGAGUGGGAAACUGCUCUUAUGGAAUUGAAAAAGCCUACUCCAGAAGGGAUAUCUGCAGCUGUUCAUAAGCCUAUAGAGUUGUCCUACAAGUACUUACAACGAGAUGAACUCAAGCAAACGUUCAUGCUUUGUAGCUUGCUGGGCCAUGACUCUUCCAUCGAUGACUUGUUGAAAUAUGGUAUGGGCUUGAAUCUAUUUCAAAAGGUGAAAACAGUGGAAGAGACACGAAAGAAAGUACUGACUUUGGUUGACAAUCUCAAACUCUCUUCUUUGUUGGUUGACGGUCACAGCAAUCUGCAUUUUGGUAUGCACGAUCAGAUUCGGGAGGUUGCCCUGUCAAUUGCUUCUAGGGACCACGGUGUAUUGGCUUUAGCAGAUGAAGAUGGAGGAAAAGAGUGGCCAGAAAAGGAGACAAUGGAAAAUUUGAAGUGGAUUUAUUUGUCAAAUGGUUAUCCUGAGCUCAUGAGCAAUGGGUUGAAAUGUCCGUGGCUCACUUUCUUUCAUAUGUCUUGCAGGGGUUGUUCUCUGGCAGUUCCAACAGAUUUGUUUACUGGAAUAGAUGGGCUCAAAGUCUUAUGUUUGACUAAAAUUGAUUUUCAGUCAAUGCCUUCACAGAUUCCCUUGAUCCCAACAAAGCUUAAAACAUUGCUUUUGGACCAAUGUGUGUUUAGAAUCGAAGCACUAGGCGCCAUUAUGGGAAAUCUGGAGAAUUUAGAAGUCCUCAGCCUUGCAGGUUGUGAUAUUGAAGAAUUGCCAAGAGAAAUGGAGAAGCUAACCAAGCUAAAGUUGUUAGAUGUGAGUGACUGCACCAAACUGAGAGUAAUUCGAGGACAAGUCUUAGCAAGAUUGUCUAAAUUGGAAGAGCUAAAAAUGGGAAACAGCUUUGACCAGUGGGAUGAUGUGGAAGGACGAAAUGCUAGGCUUGCUGAGUUAACAGAGCUGCGUACGCUCACUGCUUUAGAGGUACGUAUUUCUAAUUUCCGAGAAACUUUGUUUUCUGAAAAUCUGGAAAGGUUCAAGAUUUUCAUAGGAAUAGUGAGGAGGAGGGAGUUUUCGGGGCAUUACUAUUGGGACAGUUACUCCUGGAACAGCUCUUUUGAAAGCUCAAAAAUAAUGAAGCUAAAGCUACAGGGUGCAAGCAUUAACUCAGUUAAAAAGUUAUUGAAGAAGACAGAAGAACUGUAUCUAGAGGGAUUAAAUGGUGUCGAGAGUUUAGUUGAUGAGUUAGAUGAUGAAGGUUUUCAACAUCUGAAGUGUCUCCAUGUCCAAAAUGCUCCAGACAUUCGACACAUCUUUAACCCAGCAGGGAGGUUGCUUCCUUCCCAUGUAUUUCCCAUCUUGGAGGUAUUGGCCCUUUUCAAUUUGCGAAAAAUGGAGAAGAUAUGUCAUGGUCUGACUGGAGCAGCACCUUUUAAAGUAUUAAGAAAGAUAACCGUUUAUAGUUGUCCUCAAUUGAAGAAUCUGUUCUCCUUCUCCAUGGCCAGACAGCUUCCACUUCAAGAAAUAACAGUAAGAGAUUGCAACAUUGAAGAGAUUAUUGAUGACGUGGAGGAGCAAGGCAACGGAAAUGAUAUCGUUGAAGAAAGUGAAGGAUGUAAGCUUGCUGGCAGUCUGCGGUCGUUGACAUUAGCAUGGCUACCAAAACUGAUUAGCUUCUUCAACAGUGGUAAUUGCAGCGGCAUCUCACUUUUCAACGAUAAGUUUGUGUUUCCAAACCUAGAGGAGCUGGAAUUGUUACGAAUUAAUGUUGACAUGAUUUGGAUAGCUUCUUACUGUGUUGAGAACCUUACGAAAUUGAUAAUUCAUGGCUGCGAUAACUUGAAAUACCUAUUCUCAUCCACUAUGGCUAGAAGUCUAGUGAAGCUUGGACACCUUGAGAUAGAGGAAUGCAAGAUGAUGACAAAGAUUAUUUCUAAAGAGAAUGAAGAAGAAAAGGGGAAUUUGAUUUUCCCUGAGUUGAAAUUUCUACGGUUAAUCCAUCUCCAAAACCUUGUUAGCUUCUACUUUGGAGACUCUACCAACACAGACGUUGCAGCAGGUAUUCAGCCUUUCUUCAACGAACAGGUAUGUCUUCAUUUCAUUUGCAUUUUGUCUUUCAAACUUUGGGAGCAAUCUAAUUUUCCUUCUCCUUUUUCUCUCAAUGGCAUGAUGCCCAAGCGAGCAGUUGUCGGCUCCUAGGCCCAACAACCGACAACCGCAUGUGUAGGCCCAGACAACCGACAAGCCUUGCCUUCUUUUUUUUUUUUGUAUUUUCUUCUGAAUUUUUUUACUUCCUAAUCCUACCCUUCUGCUUGCUUUUAGCUUUUCU